AUGGGAGCGUGUUUAAAUUUUGAUGGUAUUUAUUUGCCACUAAUAGUCCUGUUCACUAUUUUUUUGAGUAUUGUGUCUGCUUGUUCUGCUCCAUCAUUGGAAAAGUACUUGAAUCUUCUCUCCAAUAAACAUCCCGGUCAACUCGAACUAUCUGAUAUUGGUGGAAAUAGUGUUCACGAUAUCAGCUAUACCGAACACGAUAUCGAUCAAAUUUUGAAGAUUCAUAAAGAGUUGAUUGAAAUAUCGUCAAUUACAGAAGACGAGGAUCAUGUUGCUAAAUAUUUGGAAAGAUUCUUAAGUGGCCAGGGAUUAAAAGUUGAGUUGCAAACAGUGAGAGAAAAGCCUUUAAGACAAAACGUGUUUGCUUAUUAUCCUGAAAUUGGAUCGUUGGAUCCAAGUUCAUCUGAUGCUGCUGGAAAUCGAAAGGUUUUAUUGACUUCUCAUAUUGACACUGUUCCGCCAUUUAUUCCUUAUAACUACAAUCCUGCAACCGGAUUGAUCUCAGGAAGAGGUUCUGUUGAUGCUAAAGGCUCAGUUAUUGUUCAGAUAUUCUCGGUUUUAGAGUCUGUCGAAAAGAAUCCUACUCUCAAGAAAAACCUCAGUUUAUUAUUUGUUAUUGGCGAGGAAGUGGAUGGUGUUGGAAUGCUAAAAGCCUCGAAAAUAUUCAAUUCAAAAAAAGAGCAGUUUGAUGUGGUCAUCUUUGGUGAACCAACAGAAAAUAAGCUAGGAGUUGGCCAUAAGGGUAUCUAUUUAGGGAAUUUUCAUGUUUAUGGCAAGGCCUCUCAUUCUGGAUAUCCUGAAUUAGGUGUUUCCUCCAAUGACAUUCUAAUUGACCUAAUAAACGAGAUCAAUGUAAGCGCUGAACAUUUCCCAUACUCACAAAUAUUAGGCGACACUACGUUUAACAUCGGCAAACUUGAAGGUGGAGUAGCUGCUAAUGUUGUUUCAGCUGAAAGUAAUGCUUAUGUAUUAUUCAGAGUUGCUGACAAGCUCGACGAAUUAGAUACUUUAAUCCACAAGAUAUUGAAAGAGAAAAACGAACACUACAAUAUCAUCCAGUUCAACGAUGUUGUCAAAACACCUCCCCAGUUUUUGGAUUACCAAGUAGAAGGAUUUGAGAGUGUUGUACUAAAAUAUGGAACUGACAUUGUCAAUUAUCAAGUUGACAAAGUACCAGUAAGAAAAUACCUUUAUGGACCUGGCACAAUUCUCGUGUGUCAUGCUCCCAACGAAAGCUUGUACUUGCACGAAUUGGUGGAGGCCAUUGAUGGAUACAACAGGCUAAUUGACUUCAAUUUGUCAGAGUAA